CCGAGCGCCGCCACCUCCCCUCCUCGCCUGCGCGCCGCCGCCUUCCCACCCGACCGUGCGGCGCCGCCUCCCCUCCCUCCCGAGCGCUGCAGCCCCGAUCCUCCGCGAGCUCGGCCACCCCCAUCCUCCGCCCGCCCGACGGCCGCCCCACGAUUCGCUGGGCUCUCGCGGGAGGAAGAGCUCGCCGUUGAAGCUCGCGCGUUGCCCGUGCUACUUGAGCAUGCAGCGGCAGUAGCAGGCUAGCAGCAGCGACAGCCGCGCAACAGGGCAAAAACCAGCAGCGGCAGCCAGGCAGCUGAGCAGCAGCAAAAUUGGGGGCAAAAGGGACAUUUAUGUGUUUCAAUUGGUCUUCACCUAAAAUUUACUCCAUGGAUCCAAACAGCCAUGGACUGAACUCUAGUCACCUAAACUUUAGUUCGGGCUAAACAUUAGUCCAAGGUGAUCCAAACAGGGCUUUAAAUCUAAUUACUGCAAUCUCUGAAUCAAUCGAUGGAGCGCCUGAGGAGGGCUGCGCAUGCCGGUUCUUGGUACACAAACAAUGCCAGGAAGCUGGAAGAGGAACUUGAUGGUUGGCUGGGGGCAGCUGGUCUUACUAAAUCUCCUGAUGUUAGGGCAGUAAUUGCACCCCACGCUGGCUAUUCAUAUUCAGGCUGCUGUGCAGCUUAUGCCUUUGGCAACAUUGAUCCGACUAACAUUUCUCGGGUGUUUCUGCUUGGCCCUUCUCAUCACUACUACACUCCAAAAUGUGCUCUAACCAGGGCUACUGUCUAUUGCACCCCUAUCGGUGAUUUGCCAGUAGAUCAGGAAGUCAUUGAGGAACUCAACGCCACUGGAAAAUUUGAAUAUAUGGAUCUUAGUGUGGACGAAGCUGAACAUAGCAUGGAAAUGCAUUUGCCCUACCUUGCUAAAGUCUUCCAAGGACAUACUGUAAAAGUCAUCCCUAUCCUUGUUGGAGCACUUAGCUCCCAAAAUGAAGCCAUGUAUGGACAACUGCUCUCUAAAUAUGUCGAUGAUCCAACUAACUUUUUUUCUGUGUCGUCAGACUUCUGCCAUUGGGGAUCCCGGUUUAGUUAUACAUACUAUGACAAGAAACAUGGUGCCAUUCAUAAAUCCAUUGAGGCCUUGGACCGUAUGGGCAUGGAGAUCAUAGAGACUGGCGAUCCUGACGCGUUCAAAGCAUACCUGAGGGAGUAUGAGAACACCAUAUGUGGAUGCCACCCCAUCAGUGUUUUCCUUCAUAUGUUGAAACAUUGCUCAACAAAGAUUAAGAUUGGCUUUGUUCGCUACGAGCAGUCGAGCCAGUGCAAGAGCAUGAGGGACAGCAGUGUGAGCUAUGCAUCGGCAGCAGCGAAAGUUGAUGUAUCAGGGGAGGAAGAGAAGAAAGAUUGACUCGUGUGAUGUGCCUGUGGAACCUUGGCGCAACAUGUGUGAUUUGGUUUGCCACUGGACCUGGCUUAUCAAACUUUGUAGCAUUGGCUCGAUGCCAGUUUGUAAUGACAGGCCCUGGUUAAAUGCCAAAUAUGUUGCCAGAAAAACUGGGAAACUAGACAAUAAAUAAAACUCAUGUUUCG